AUGUCUAAUUCCUACCAGCCCAACACAUCCUUCAUUCUCAAAGCAGUCGAAGACGUUGUAUACGAGGAUCGACCCGUUCCUGAAUGCAAGUUUACGCCUAGACGCCCUGUAAAAUUGCAAGACAAUGAAGUACUCGUAGAAGUCAAGAAGACUGGUAUUUGUGGAUCGGAUGUUCAUUACUUGACUCAUGGUCGUAUUGGUGACUUUGUGGUCAACGCGCCCAUGGUUCUUGGGCAUGAGAGCUCUGGGAUUGUUUACAAGAUUGGAUCAAAAGUCAAGGAUCUCAAACCUGGCGAUCAAGUUGCUCUUGAACCCGGUCAGUCCUGUGCUACCUGCGAGUACUGCAAGAGCGGGCGUUACCACCUAUGCGCUGAUAUGGUAUUCGCGGCUACCCCUCCAUACGAUGGUACUUUGGCAAGAUAUUAUAAGCUACGAUCAGACAUCGCAUACAAGCUACCUCCUAAUAUGAGUCUUGAGGAUGGUGCAAUGAUUGAACCUACCGCCGUGGCCGUCCAUUCGGUUUCUACAUUGGCCAAGUUCCAACCCGAGCAAUCCAUUGCGGUCUUCGGUGCAGGGCCAGUUGGUAUCCUUUGUAUGGCAGUCGCAAAAGCGCUCGGAGCUCGACGAAUUGUUGCCAUCGAUAUCGCACCUCACCGGCUGGAAUUUGCUAAGAACUACGCUGCCACCGAUGCUUUCCUUCCUCCUAAGAUGGAGGAAGGCGAGUCUAAACCAGCCUAUUCCGCGCGAGCAGCGGCCCUGCUCAAGAAGGAGUUCGGUCUGUCCGACAGGGGUGAUAAUUCGGUGGAUGUCGUCAUCGAUGCGAGUGGUGCUGAAGUGUGCGUUCAAAUGGGAUUCCAUAUCAUCCGUGUCGGUGGCACAUACGUACAAGUUGGGAUGGGACCAGACGCCCAGGUACCAUUUGGGGUUAUGAUGGUGAAAGAGCUCACUGUUCGAGGCUCAUUCAGAUAUGGCCCCGGAGAUUAUCAACUCGCUAUUGCCCUUGUAUCGCAAGGGAAGGUUGAUCUAAAGCCGCUUGUGACGCACAGGUUCGAAUUUACCGACGCUGUCGCAGCAUUCAAUACUACCAAAACCGGAAAGGGGCCUGACGGAAAGGGCGUUAUCAAGGCCAUUAUAAACGGCCCUAAGUCAUUGUUUGAAGAAUUUCACACUUCGAUCAUGCUGUCUCGCUCUGUGUUGCGCACUGGCACAAGACUAGCUAGUCACAGAACAAUUCAUUCUUCAACAAGAUCGGUUAGGUCCUCGAACUUUUAUGCCACCGCCGCCACCGCCGCUCUGCUUGUAAGCGCAGCGUUCGCAUUCGCCCAACCGCUCCAAUUGGAUGCAGAUCCAAGCCGUGGUCAAAAGAAGUCUGGCAGCGCUCGUGCGAAAACUCAGACCCCUCAGACAGAAAAUCUCAUCUCUUAUGAUGAAGUUCAGAAGCACAACACUCGUGAGAGUUGUUGGGUUGUUAUACGGGGCCAAGUCUACGACAUUACUGACUUUAUUCCUAAACACCCGGUGGUAUCAAACCUAUUGUGGCCAACGCCGGUACGGAUGCGACAAAUAUACGAAUCCAUCCAUGCCAAAGGUCUUAUUGAGAAGAUGCUCAAGCCUUCGCAGCAUAUCGGAGCGCUCGAUCCAUCAACAGCCCCCGCGCCGAACCCCGAAAUAGAGGUAGAAGAGGAGCGAAUCGCUAACGCACGCGCCAAACUCCCACCUCUCUCACACGUCCUCAAUUUAAAUGAGUUUGAAGAACUUGCUGAGACCGUCUUGAGCAAAACCGCAUGGUCCUAUUAUCGCUCUGCUGCCGAUGACGAAUAUGCACAUAUGAACAAUGCACUAGCGUUUCGAAGGUACUGGUUCCGCCCUCGAGUGCUUCGUGGAACCAAGACAGUAGACACAUCGUGCGAGAUUUUAGGCGUCCAGAGCGCUCUUCCGAUAUUUGUUUCUCCUGCUGCCAUGGCCGGACUGGGCAAUCCCGCUGGCGAGGUAAAUAUUACCAAGGGUGCGGGGAAGACCGGCAUUAUCCAAGGAAUAUCUAGUAACGCAUCCUGCACGAUUGAUGAAAUUGCUGCCGCGCGAACUGAUCCAGAGAAACAGCCGUUGUUCUUCCAGCUCUAUGUUGCAUCGGAUCGUGCUAAAUCGGUGCAAACAAUUAAACGCGUUGAAGAAUUGGGCUAUCGUGCCAUAUUCUUCACGGUCGAUGCCCCGGUAUUAGGGAAUCGGGAGUUGGACCAACGCAACAGAUCUGGACUACUUGACGCAGGAGAUGACGACGAAGAGGGCCAGAAAGGCGGUGUUGCGAGCACUAUAGAUGGAUAUUUCGACACAGACAUCGAUUGGUCUACCUUAAAGUGGCUUAAGACGGUCACGAAACUCCCAAUUAUUUUAAAAGGAGUACAAACGGUGGAAGACGUUGAGUUGGCCGCCGAGCAUGGUGUACAAGCCGUACUCUUGAGCAAUCACGGAGGCAGGCAAUUGGACUAUGCUCCUGCUGGGAUUGACGUCCUAUACGAACUUCGCCAAAAGCGCCCUGAUCUGUUCGAUAAAGUAGAGGUUUACGUUGAUGGCGGAGUUCGUCGUGGCACCGAUGUCCUCAAAGCACUGUGUUUGGGCGCCAAAGGUGUUGGAUUGGGGCGGACGUUCUUGUUCGCCAACGGAACAUAUGGAGAGAAGGGCGUUGUCAAGGCCGUGCGCAUAUUGCGUAACGAGAUUGAAACCGGGAUGAGACUUCUGGGUGCAACAAGUUUGGAUCAAUUGCGGCCUGAAAUGGUGGAACGAGCGCCGUUUGUUGAGAUACCAUCGGGCCUAUAUCGCUCGCGACCAGAGUAA